GAGACAAAUUCAUUUUUCAUACAGACCACCACAGAGAUGAAUAGGUAUUGGGAAGGGAACGUUCUGCAGGAAUGGAGUUCCAGGGCCCUAGCUUAGUCGUCUGGAGCUGGCCCUUUCAAAGAGGCAGAAACUUCUAACACAGGCUGAUUAAACUUUGUUUCCUAGUGUGUUCUACCUGACAUCUAAAGUAGCAGAAUGAAAAUAAGAAUCACCACAAGAAGAUGCUAUUUUCCUCCUCGUUCAAGCUGCAUAAUCCUUUUUAGAGAAGGAGCAUUUUUGAUUAGAUUUUUCUUCCUUCCAAAGUGAGUAAGAUUUCUCCAGAUAAAGAAUUAGAGAUCUGUCUGGAUUACUCGCUACAGGUCUCUGAAUAAAUGCUACAUUCAUUUGAUUCCUUUUGACACAUGUGGUUCAGGCCCAGUUAACCUGACAGUGGCCAUUCAUUUGUUUGGGGCUCCUGCAGUCAUAGUUGGGAUAUAGAAAUGAGGAACCUUUAGAAACGCCUUUUUGGACCAUAACCAAAGAAAUUAUCACCAGUCCUCUCCCAUAAGUAGGGAAGUCAGAAUACAUUUAUAUUGAUUUAGACUACACAUACAUAUUUUUCAGAUUCUUUCCUGACUAAGUGAAUGUAAAAUCAGUGUGAACUUGCUGAACACUCCCCAGUUAAGGUAUAUCUAGAGGCUUUCAGACAAAGGAAUCAUGCUUCUAGUUAAGAAGUUACUGACUCCUCUGACCUGUUUUUGUUGGUUUUGUUUUCAAAUUGUUUUUAUCUGUUAUAUUCUCUUUAGGCUAAUAAGAGAGAGACUGGGAUAGCCCUGUAAGUAAAUAGGUAGUCUGUGGGGGGAAUCUGCAUUUUAAUGAUGAAAACCCCUAUAAAUUCAGUCUGCUUGGCUUGCUUUGUGGAAAAUUCCACAUGAAGUUGAACCUAAGCCUUGAUUUCCCUACUAAUCCUGAGAUACCUGGCACUUAGCUCUAGAUGGCGCCAAUGAGCUAUGGAAGUAUGUAACCCAGACUUGACCACCGGCGCCUUUUCCCCACCUCUUCCCCUGGAACCUCAUCUCUCCCGCUUCCAGCUUUCACUGAACACGGCAGAAAGCAAUCCAUGCUGUUAUUGCUGGGAAAGGGAAGGAUUAAUGAAGGAUAUUUCCUAUGUCAGUGCUAGAAGCCUAAAGCAUGGGAAUAGUUUGCUGAGUUUUCUCUGGGGCCUCCACCAGCUAGCUCCUUUUCCUGGGUGACUGCCCAAAGGCUCUGCCCUUGGGUUUCCAUCUCCUUCUCUCCUGGGAAGCCUACAGCCUAGGCGGGAGGUGGUUAAGGCUUCUGGCUGCUCUGCAGUGGGGCCAUCUGUGUUUGAUCAAUCCAGGCAGAAAGGAGGGAGUGGGGGCCAUAAAGGGCCUGAAAGCAUUCCAGAGUAGUGAGAGAGACCCAGAGAUCCAGAAAGAGAAGGCCCCGCCCCCAUCCCGCCUCUGAAGCUAACCCGUGGGCUCCAGUGGCUGAGGCCGCCUGCACAGGACUGCACACUCCUCUGGCCCCACUCUCCUGCUGCCAUGGGACCCUGGACUCCUCUCCUCGUCCUGCUCCUUCUGUCCUGGUCCGGACCCCUUCGAGGACAGCAGCACCACCUUGUGGAGUACAUGGAACGCCGACUAGUUGCCUUAGAGGAACGGCUGGCCCAGUGCCAGGACCAGAGCAGUCGGCAUGCUGCUGAGUUGCGGGACUUCAAGAACAAGAUGCUGCCGCUGCUGGAGGUGGCCGAGAAGGAGCGGGAGGCACUCAGAACGGAGGCAGACACCAUCGCGGGGAGAGUGGACCGUCUGGAGCGGGAGGUUGACUAUCUGGAGACCCAGAACCCAGCUCUACCCUGUGAAGAAGUUGAUGAGAAGGUGACCGGAGGCUCUGGGACCAAAGGCAAGGGCAGAAGAAAUGAGAAGUAUGAUAUGUUGACAGACUGUGGCUACACAAUCUCUCAAGUGAGAUCAAUGAAGAUCCUGAAGCGGUUUGGGGGCCCAGCUGGUCUAUGGACCAAGGACCCAUUGGGACCCACAGAGAAGAUCUACGUGUUGGAUGGGACACAGAAUGACACAGCCUUUGUCUUCCCAAGGCUGCGUGAUUUCACUCUUGCCAUGGCUGCCCGGAAAGCUUCCCGAAUCCGGGUCCCCUUCCCCUGGGUAGGCACAGGGCAGCUGGUAUAUGGUGGCUUUCUCUAUUAUGCCCGGAGGCCUCCUGGAGGACCUGGAGGGGGUGGGGAGUUGGACAACACUUUGCAGCUCAUCAAAUUCCACCUGGCCAACCGAACAGUGGUGGACAGCUCGGUAUUCCCAGCAGAGGGUCUGAUCCCCGCCUAUGGGCUGACAUCAGACACAUACAUUGACCUGGCAGCGGACGAGGAGGGCCUCUGGGCUGUCUAUGCCACCCGGGAGGACAGCAGGCACUUGUGUCUGGCCAAGUUAGACCCACAAACACUGGACACGGAACAACAGUGGGACACACCGUGUCCCAGAGAGAAUGCUGAGGCUGCGUUUGUCAUCUGUGGGACCCUGUAUGUCGUCUAUAACACCCGCCCUGCCAGUCGGGCCCGCAUCCAGUGCUCCUUUGAUGCCAGCGGCACCCUGACCCCUGAAAGGGCAGCACUCCCUUAUUUCCCCCGUCGAUAUGGUGCCCACGCCAGCCUCCGCUAUAACCCCCGAGAGCGCCAGCUCUAUGCCUGGGAUGAUGGCUACCAGAUUGUCUAUAAGCUGGAGAUGAGGAAAAAAGAGGAAGAAGUUUGAGGAGCUGGCCUGUGUUAGGAAUCUCUCUAAUCUCCAUACAUUUAUAUUCCCACUAAAUUCCCUGUUCCUCAUUCUCCAAGUGUGGACAAGUUGUAGUUCAGAUCUCAUAGUUUUAGCCAAUGAAAGCCAAGUUCUCAUGGCCCCUUCAUUUCAUAUGGGACUCUGGAUCUUCAGUAACCCUUUUAGAGUGAAAAGGGAGAACACCCUAAGGGUUCACUCUUCUCUCCUGCCCCAUGUCAACAGAUUUCAGGCCACAGGUGACCCAGGCCCAGAGCUCUGACCCUCGAAUGGGGGCAGCCCCAGUGAGAGGCAACGGAGUAUUUCCUGCCUUGGUGUGAGAUGGAGAGAGGACUAGGAGACUUCUAACUCUGCCCUCUCUCCCUUCAGUGCCCUAAAGAAUGGGACUUUCUUCACCUCAUUUUGUACUGAAACCUUUUGCAUUAAAAGGAAAACCCACUGCU